UUUCCCUUUUGAAGGUUUGCAAUCUGAUCAUACCGUUCACAUGGUUCGUGGUUUUGCCCCAUCUUCAUCUGCACCUCCUCCUGCAGCUACAACAAAUGUUGCAGCGGAUAAUAAUGCACCAGGGGUAACCCGGGGUAUUGGUUCGAAUGAAGGUGCUGGUCUAGGAGCAUCCUUAUUCCCCGGACUUGGUCCACUUGGUGGUGGUGGUGGAGGUUUUGUUUUGAUUUGUUUGAAUCUGGACUUCCUGAAUUUGAACAAGGGGACCCAGACCAAUGCUACUGCAAGGCCAAAUACUGUUGCGGAUGCCAGGACACCAGGUGUUGGUGGUCUGAGAAGCCUUGGACUUCCAGAUCUGCCUCCAAUGAUGAAUGGAAUGCCAUAUGCUUCUCAGUUGACUCGGUUAUUGCAAAGCCCAGCAAUAUCACAGAUGAUGCAGAGCAUAAUGUCUAAUCCCCAAUAUAUGAAUCAGAUUAUGAAUCUCAACCCCCAACUACGUAGUAUGUUUGAUUUGAAUCCUCAAUUGAGAGAGAUGAUGCAAAACCCGGAAGUACUUCGUCAGAUGUUUUCCCCUGAGACAAUGCAGCAAAUGCUAGCUUUACAACAGUCCCUUAUGUCUCUCAAUCGACAACAAGCAACCCAGGAUUCAGCACAGACCGGUGGUACUACAGGUACAGCGGCACCAGGAGCUGCUAAUCUGGACUUGCUGAUGAAUAUGUUUGGCGGACUAGAUGCUGGUGGCCUGGGUGUCCCCAACCAACCUGAUGUUCCCCCAGAAGAAGUGUAUGCUACACAAUUAUCGCAACUCCAAGAAUUGGGAUUCUACGAUACGCAAGAGAAUAUCAUAGCACUACGAGCUACUUCCGGAAAUGUCCAUGUUGCGGUCGAGAGACUUCUGGGAAACCCGGGGCAGUAAUUCCUUGAAAUUUCA